ACGAAAGAAAGCCAUUGAUGAAUAAAGAUGAAUACAUUACUACUAUAUCUUUAUCUUAUUUUACCUUCACACACCAGUAGGGUGUGGAUGAAUGACAGGACAGGGACAGGGAGGAGUCAUGGCAGAUGCCAGAUAAAGGAAGAACAUCGAUGCUCAUGUGAGUGUUGAUAGUAAUUUGAUGUAGUAGAGAUCCUGGAGAUUAAUAUGAACAGAAUGAUGGGAGAAUUUGUGGAACAGUUAGUGGGUAUAUCCUGUUCCAGCCAGUCUCUCAGAUAGGGAGCAGAGGAGUACUUCACCUGUAUCACACACAGACAGAGCUAGAGUCUCACCUGAGGCAAAGGGCUGGUGGAGAGGCUGCACUGUAAUCGCUGGAAGAAGAGGGAACUCAUCUACUGUACGCCGAGCUUCCUGUAUCAUCAUGGUUCCAUCAACGCUGAAGGCCAGGAGCCCCAUGUUGGAAGCAGUUCUGGGCUUUGUCCUGGGAGUGGUGGGAGGCUGUGUGCUGGGGGCCACUGAGGAGCCAGUGAAUGAGGCUAUGUCAGUGAUGACCUCAGGGGCCCUGCUUAAGCAUGUGUCUGACGGCGUCCAGACUGUGGGGCCCUUGGGGCUGGGUACCCUCCUGGGAGCAACGGCACUAACCACAGUCAUGACUUCAAUGGUGGCUGGGGUCAUAUUCGCAGCGGCUAUGGCUUCCGUAUUGCUGGGUGCCAGGAGCAGUGGUGGUGGAGCAUCCCAGGCAGAAUCUGUGGUUGUGUGGAUCGCAGUUGGACUGGCUGGCGCUUUCGGGACCACAGCCAGUGGAGCAACACUUGGAGUCAUCAUUGAGGCAGUCGUGGUGGGCUCAGGGAUGGUGGGACUUCUCUGGGCACUGAGCAUAUUCACCCUGCUCAAACCUGCUUUGCACUUCCUUCUCAAGUUCAUAUGGAGACAAGAAGAGUCCUGUGUCCGCCUGGGACAGAGCGCUCUGGAGGCCAGGGAGAGAGAGCUGAGAGAGAUGGAGUUGAGGGAGGUGAAGAGGAGAGACAGAGUGACAGUGGAGAUUGAGCAGGGGAUUGUCACAUUGGACAAGGAAGGACAGAGGACAGAGGGCCUGGAGCAUAGAGCAAAGUGGGAGGCACAGCGCAGAGAGAGAAAUGAGAUGGAGAGAAAGAGGAGAGAAUGGAUGGAGGAGGUAAAUGAGCAAAAGACCAUUCAAGAGCAGAUCAACAAAGUGGUGGUGAAAUACGUGGAUUUCCUGGCGUUUUCAGGGAUACCCAUGACUAUGACCGCCAUGGUCACAGCAGGAUUUGGAGUGUUUGGAUUCGGGGACUACCGGUUUGUGUUUGUGGUCCUUUUAGCUUUGGUCCUGUUCAUGUCCUUCAUUUUCAUGAAAUCAUCAAAUUUUUACUUCUGGAUGUUCGCAGGGUGUAUGGGAAUGUUUGCCACGUUUGCCAUAGCAGUGCUCACUGUGCACGCACGUCAGGAAGUGGUGUCGGAUUCUAUCAAAAUGCGCAGGGUUGGUCAGGAUAUAUCAAGAGCGAACAUUAGCACCCAGAUGAACCACAGAUCUUCUCUAGAGGCCUUGGGCGCAGGAUUCUUUGUGUCAAAGCUAUGUCAGCUAGGCUUAGGGGCCACCAUAGGAGGCCCUUUGGGCAGGGGGGAAGAUAAGGGGAAGGUUAUAGUAGGAUCAGCUGGGUUGGCAGUGGUCAUUCUGAUAGUAGUGAGUGUCUCUUCCCCUGUAGUGCUGGGAGCGGGAGGGACCUCAGGGGCACUGUUAGGGGUGGUAGGGGCAGCAGGGGUGUCUGUUGGGGCCACCGCAUCAGUGGCAGUGGGGUGGUCCACAUGGGCAGGUACGAUAGGGACUACAGCAGGGAUGGUUUUAGGAGCGUUGGGGAUGGGUAAGUGGCACUUUGUCAACAUUGGAUUGCAGAUGCCGGUGGCUUAUAUCUUUUCUAUGGCCGAUCUUUUUUGAUAGAGCAUCCAACAGGAGAAUGAGAUAUGAUUUUGUGGCUUUGUGGUAUGUGUUGCAAUCAUGAGCAAUGCAGUAUAACCUGUUUCAUGCCAGCACUCCCACUUGUCUCGAUAAGCUAAUCAAACAACCGAUCAAAAAGUCAUGCUCAGGCAUUUUUCUUUAUUUUUAUGAAAUGCUUAUUGUCAAGCAAAACUUAUACCAUUUCAUUUCAUCAUAGAUUGUAAUGAUUCAUUAAUUUGUUAACGUUUUAAUUGACUGUAAGUGAAAAUAGAGAAAUGCCUCUUAAUAAAUGUCAUUUUCAGAUGAAAAAGUAA